AUGUCUGCUGAGGCUGCCACCAACCCCCCCGCCGCUGAGGCCCCCGUCAACGGCACUCCCGAGGCCACCGGUGCUCAGGAAGUCGCUGCUGCUCCCGAGACCACCGCCGAGGCCGCCGCGGCUGCUGCCAACAACCAGCCCCACUCGGCUUCCCUCUACGUCGGCGAGCUCGACCCCUCCGUCACCGAGGCCAUGCUCUACGAGCUCUUCUCCUCCAUCGGCCAGGUUGCUUCCAUCCGUGUCUGCCGAGAUGCCGUCACCCGCCGUUCCCUGGGCUAUGCCUACGUCAACUACAACAACACCGCUGAUGGUGAGCGCGCUCUGGAGGACCUGAACUACACCCUCAUCAAGGGCAAGCCCUGCCGUAUCAUGUGGUCCCAGCGUGACCCCGCCCUGCGCAAGACUGGCCAGGGUAACGUCUUCAUUAAGAACCUUGACAACGCCAUUGACAACAAGGCUCUGCACGAUACCUUUGCUGCCUUCGGCAACAUUCUGAGCUGCAAGGUCGCUCAGGAUGAGUUCGGUAACUCCAAGGGCUACGGUUUCGUCCACUACGAGACCGCCGAGGCCGCCAACAACGCCAUCAAGCAUGUUAAUGGCAUGCUCCUGAAUGACAAGAAGGUCUUCGUCGGCCACCACAUCUCCAAGAAGGACCGCCAGAGCAAGUUCGAGGAGAUGAAGGCUAACUUCACCAACAUCUACGUCAAGAACCUUGACCAGGAGAUCUCCGAUGAUGAGUUCCGUGUCAUGUUCGAGAAGUUCGGUGAGAUCACCUCUGCCACUCUCAGCCACGACCAGGAUGGCAAGAGCCGUGGCUUCGGUUUCGUCAACUACACCACCCAUGAGAGCGCGCAGGCCGCCGUUGACGAGAUGAACGAGAAGGACAUCAAGUCCCAGAAGCUCUACGUUGGCCGUGCCCAGAAGAAGCACGAGCGUGAGGAGGAGCUCCGCAAGCAGUACGAGGCUGCUCGUCUGGAGAAGGCCUCCAAGUACCAGGGCGUCAACCUCUACGUUAAGAACCUGACUGAUGACGUUGAUGACGAGAAGCUGCGCGACCUCUUCGCCGCUUACGGCACCAUCACCUCCGCCAAGGUUAUGCGCGACUCUCUCUCCGACCGUACCCCCUCCCCCGAUUCCGAGAAGGAGGGUGAGACCAAGGAGGAGGGCGAGAAGACCGAGGAGAAGGAAGACGAGAAGAAGGAGGAGUCCGAGGAGCAGAAGGACACUGAGGAGGACAAGGAGGGUGAGCAGGAGCAGGAGACUGAGAAGGGCGAGAAGAAGCUCCUCGGGAAGAGCAAGGGCUUCGGUUUCGUCUGCUUCUCCAGCCCCGACGAGGCCUCCAAGGCUGUCACCGAGAUGAACCAGCGCAUGGUCAACGGCAAGCCCCUCUACGUCGCUCUCGCUCAGCGCAAGGAUGUCCGUCGCAGCCAGCUUGAGGCCAGCAUCCAAGCCCGCAACACCAUCCGCCAGCAGCAGGCCGCUGCCGCCGCUGGUAUGCCCCAGCCUUACAUGCAGCCCGCCGGCUUCAUCCCCGCCGCCCAGCGUGGUGGCAUGCCUUUCCCUCCCCAGCCCGGUAUGGUCAUGGCUGGUAUCCCUGGUGGACGCCCCGGCCAGUACCCCGGUCCCUUCCCCGGUCAGCAGGGCGGCCGUGGCAUGGGCCCCAACCAGCAGAUUCCCGGUAACUUCCAGGGUAUGCCCAUGGGCAUGCAGGUCCCCGGCGGUAUGCCCAACGGUAUGGGCUACCCCAUGCAGGGCCAGUUCGGUCGCGGUGCUGGUGGCCGUGGUCAGGUUCCUGGUAUGCCUAUGGGUCAGGGCAUGCGCGGUGGUUUCCGUGGUCCCCCCGGCCAGAUGGGUCGCGGCCAGGGCCGUGGUCAGCCCGCUCCUGCCGGUCAGCCCGGCCGUGAUGAGGCUGCUCCCGCUACCGGCUCUCACUUCCGCCCCCCUGCCCAGCAGAAGCAGAUGCUUGGUGAGGCUCUCUACCCCAAGAUCCAGGCUCAGCAGCCCGAGCUUGCCGGCAAGAUCACUGGUAUGCUCUUGGAGAUGGACAACACUGAGCUCCUUGGACUGCUUGAUGACGAAGAGGCCCUGCGCGCUAAGGUCGACGAGGCCCUCAAUGUCUAUGACGAGUACAUGAAGAACAAGGGUCCCGAUGGUGAGCCCGCCGGCGAGGCCAAGCCCCAGGAGGCCGCCAAGGAGGCUUCUUCGGAGGAGACCAAGGCCUAGGCGACCUGUCUCGCUUACCGAAUGCCUCGCAGAUGGUAAUGGCAACUUGAAGGCCCAGUCUUGAUUUUGCUCGCUGCACCGCUCGGAACACUUUGGACGCACGCUUUGAUGACAAUUUCUUUUUUUUUUCUUUUCUAUCUUUUCUUUUCUCCCUUUCACCACCCCCUACCCUUCGCUCUUCCCCUCCGAAUCCUGAUAUCCCUCGGUUUGAAAAGUUCUGUCUUAGGCAGUGUCACCUUUUUUGGUGUUUAGUGAACGCGGCAUGAUGAUUUUAAUUUUUUUUUCCUCCGUCUUUCCCUCUAUCCUCGUAUUUUUCCCCUUCCCUCCAUCCGGUCUGGAUUUGGUGGUCCGAGGGGGAAGCAGCGCUGUACAUGGGGGCUGGUAAAAGUUGUUUUAUACCUUUGGGCGCUGGAUGCGGACUCCUUUCUUCUAACCUUUCCUCUUAUUCUUCUCUAUUCGUUGCUUGCUCCGGUCCUUUGGUCUGUUGAUGCGCUUUCAUUUCGCCUCGUAUUUCGAACCUUUUCCCCUUGAGUGUAACAUAGAGUUCUACAGUACUUCUUCCUUGCAAAAGGGCUUUCGUUUUGUC